AUGUACCCGGGUGGUUAUCUGCAGAAGUUACAAGCUUAUCUCCAAAAGCAACAGAAAAGGAUGUUUAUGAUUUUUUCACUUAUUGUGGUGCAAUUAGAAGCUCUUGGUGUAGCUAGAGUUGUAGCUGCAAUGAUUGGUUUAUCUAUAAUUCUUUUGUUAGGAGUCCUUGAUUGGGAUAAUUGCACUACGUCCUCCAUGGCUGCUUCAAGUGCAUAUUUCCUAUACAUUUUAAGGACUGAAUUUACGAGAGCGUCAUGCUCUUAUUGUCUAUUAUCUGCUCUCCUAUCAUUCAACUUUUUUUUCAUCACUCAAAAGAUAAACUCUUUGUUCGGUGAUUUUGGGUUGCAACAGAUACAAAAAGUGGUGGGUUUACAGCUGUUUAUAGCUAGUUUGGUGGUUCUUGCUCUCAAUUCAUCAUAUAGCUCUUCACAACCUGUGCCCUCAAGCCUGGCUAAAAUUGAACUACCAUAUUUUACAACUGAGAUAACAUCACCAUCAAGUCCUUUUGCUCUUUCUUUUGCAAAGCAUCUGCAAUCAAUUGGUGCUAAAAUGUAUGGGGCUUUCUGGUGUUCACACUACCUAGAACAAAAACAGAUGUUUGGAAGUGAGGCGGUAAAACUGUUGAAUUAUGUUGAAUGCUUCCCUGAUGGUUAUAAGAAAGGAACCAAAAUUUUAAAGGCAUGCACAGAUGCUGGAAUUGAAGGUUUCCCAACAUGGGUGAUAAACGGGCAGGUUUUGAGUGGUGAACGAGAGUUGUCAGAUCUUGCACAAGCAUCCGGUUUUGAUGUAAAAUGA